UUGGCAUUAAAAUUACUUAGUUGUCACUUUGAAAACGUCAAUUGACGAUGGUGAUCGGUUAACUUCUCAUACAAGCAAAACAACGCCUAAUAGCAGAUAUACCAGAUAAUUCCUCCAUAACAUCCAACACAGGCUACCAUCUCCAUCCUCACCUUCACCUUUUAAGUCAAUCUUCUUAUUACUAGUGAGCUACAUAAUACCUACACGGCUACACCACCUCUUGGUGGAGCUACACCCCCUCGUCCAUAGGGUGGGGGCGUAGCUCCACCCAGCUCCGAUAACAAAAAAAAAAUAUCCAUCUUCCAAUUAUUUUCAAACAUAGAAGAUUGUUUAAAAAUUGAUAACAAAAAUGGUUAAUGAACUUUGUACAACACCUAGUAAAGGAGGUGGAUCACAACCUUUAUUGCCUAGUAAAAUUGAAGUGUCACUACCAUGCAUGCCAGGCAAAGGAGGCGGACCACCACCCCCUUUGGCCGCCGGGUCAAAGGGUGCAUCGCCACCGCCUCCUCCUUUCGGGGUUAUGAGGUCUACGGCCGUGACCAAGACAAAAUUGAAGAGGUCGUCCAAUAUGGGAAACUUGUUACGGCUCCUAAGGGGGAAAAUGGAAGGAUCCUCCUUAGUUGAGAGAUCAUCUCGAGGAAGGAAGAAAGGUGCUGGGACUAAUGAUGGUGCUAGCGAAGGACAAAGCAUGGCUGAUGCACUAGCCGAAAUAACCAAAAGAUCCUCAUACUUCCAGCAAAUUGAAGAAGAUGUAACAAAGCAUGGAAGAGCGAUUAAAGAGAUCCAAGCUUCUCUAACCUCGUUCCAAACUAAAAAUAUGAAUGAGCUGCUUAAGUUCUACCAGCAAUUGGAAUCCAAGCUUGAUGUCCUAACAGAUGAAAGCCAGACUCUAGCAAGAUUUGAAGGUUUCCCGGUGAAAAAAUUAGAAGCCUUGAGGAUGGCAGCAGUUCUCUACAAGAAAUUGAUUGGAGUACUAUCUGAGUUACUAAACUGGAAAAUUGAGUCUCCUGUGGCCCAGCUUCUUGACAAAGUUGAGAAAUACUUCAACAAGAUUAAAGGAGAAAUGGAAGCUUUAGAACGAACCAAAGAUGAAGAAGAGAAGAAAUUUAAGAGCCACAAUAUUCACUUUGACUUUAACAUUCUUGAAAAGAUCAAGGAAGCCAUGGUGGAUGUGUCAUCUAGCUGCAUCGAAUUCGCUCUCAAGGAGAGGAGAGAAGCUAAGGCUGCAUGUAAUGAUCAAACUUUGGCAAAUGCAAGAAAUCGACAGAAAAUAAUAGAUGCCAAAAUGCUUUGGAGGAUUUUCCAGUUUGCGUAUAAGGUGUACUCCUUUUCGGGAGGGCAAGAUGAGCGAGCUGAGAACUUGACGAAAGAGCUAGCUAAGGAAAUACAGGCUGACCCUAUGGAAGGUUAAUCCUUGUAUAUGAUAAUAGUGCCAUAACUCAACCCCUACUCAACAAUUUAUGAAUUAAGCUAUGUUGCUCUGGCUCUUCAUUUCACUUCAAGUACCCGUGUCGGAUCCUCGACACUCGCCGGACAUGGGUGGGACACUUAGACACUUUGUUUUGGGCUAAAAAAUAGAAAAAAUUCCAAAAGAUAGCCGAGUCGGACACUUGGACACGUACCCGUGUCAGACAUGGGUACCCGAGUCUGGGAAGAAUUAAAAGUUUAGAUAGUGUUUGGUUCCGAGGAAAAUAUGAUUCCUGGACAUGUAGUUUUUUUUUUAUAUAUCUAAGCUUUGUUUGGUAAAAGUGGAUAUUGAUUUUCGAGGGAUAGAAAGUUCCCGCAAUGAUGGUACAUAUCUUUCUUUCCUAAGGGAAGAAAUGCUGCAA